AUGAAUCUUUCCUCUCGUUGGACAGUCUUCGUCUUCCUUGCCGUUUUCACCCUCACAGAAAGCCGCCGAUACCCGGCACAGAGGCCCAACUUUGCUUCAGGUACAGUCCAGUCUCAUUUCACUUCACAGCAGCAGGAGGGCGCUCGCCCGAAAGCGGUGGUGGUAAAAUGUUACUCGGAUUCUAUGGAGCUCGUCGUUCAGGCUGACUUGUUCGACACUGGUCUUCUGGUGAACCCACAACAUCUGCGCCUCGGUUCUGACCCGGCGGGCGGAAGUCUAUCGUGCCGUGCGAGUCCCACAGGAGACGAAGGGACAUUGAUUAUUUUAGCUGACCUGCUCGAUUGUGGAACUCGUCUCUCGACGACUCAAGACAAAAUAAUCUAUUCCAAUGUGUUGGUGUACUCACCUGAACCCUCUGAAGGCUUGUUUCGACUGGAGGGAGCAACCAUUCCGGUCGAAUGCCAUUUUGACAGAAGGUAUUCUGUGAAUGGUGUUUCCCUGCAUCCAGCGUGGGUUCCUUCAGUCUCUGUGGCUUCAGCAGCCAAUCACCUCGACUUCAAAUUGCGCCUUAUGACCGACAACUGGAUGUUUGAGAGGCACUCGCAUGCAUACUUUCUGGGUGAGCCGAUGCACUUUGAGGUUUCAGUCUUGGUCCGCAAACACAAGCCGUUGCGUGUCUACGUUGAGCAUUGCAGUGCCACGGCUGGCCCAGACCCAAACGCCGACUUGCGAUACGACUUCAUUGAUCGUAAUGGAUGUCUUUCUGAUGCCUACCUGACAAAUUCCGGCUCUCACUUCCUACCCAGGCUUGAGGGACACACGCUUCAAUUUCAGGUUGAGGCGUUCAGGUUCCACCAGGAGCGCAACAGUCAGGUUUACAUCACUUGCUGGUUGAGAGCGGUUCCAGCUGCAUUAGCUGUUACCGCACAAAACAGGGCUUGCUCUUUCAUUGACAACAGAUGGCGGUCGGCAGAUGGGGACCACGAAUCCUGUAAAACCUGUGAUCCAUUGAUAGCCAGUGAGGGGAAAAGCCCGGCCACUGACACGAGGGUGGCAACAAAUUUGGGGUGGAAUUUUGCACCGAACAAGGCCAAGCAACCAACUCAUACUGUCCAUGUUCAUCCCGGAACUUUCCAAAGCCACGAAUCCCAGCAGCCCCCUUCUGAUUUGAGGAGAGAAACUGGCUAUAAAGCAGAUCACAUGCGAGUGGGACAUGCAGAGAGCGAGACGCUUCGAUGA